AUGGGAGACUGGUCCAUUCUCGGACGCUUCCUGUCUGAGGUGCAGAACCACUCCACAGUGAUCGGCAAGAUCUGGCUGACCAUGCUGCUGAUCUUCCGCAUCCUGCUGGUGACCCUGGUGGGGGACACGGUGUACAGCGAUGAGCAGUCCAAGUUCACCUGCAACACCCUGCAGCCCGGCUGCAACACCGUCUGCUACGACACCUUCGCCCCCAUCUCACACCUGCGCUUCUGGGUCUUCCAGAUCGUCUUGGUCUCCACGCCGUCCAUCUUCUACAUCGUUUACGUCCUGCACAAGAUCGCCAAGGAUAAGAAGCCGGAGGUCCAGAGGGGGCAGGUGAUGGCUGAGCGGACCUCCAAGAAGGUGUUUGGGCAGCUGGUGAGGAAAGGGCUGGAGAACACGGAGACUGGUAUGUCCACCUACUGCCCUGGAUACAGAGAGGAGUGGGGUGGUCAGGAAGGGGAGGGGGUGGAGCAGAGCCUGCUAGAGGAGGACUGUGGAGAUGUAGGGGAGGACCCAACUCAGCUGUCCAGCCAGGUGCUGCUAAUAUACAUCCUGCAAGUGCUGCUGCGCUCCGUCAUGGAGAUCACCUUCCUGGUGGGGCAGUACUACCUGUUUGGCUUCGAGGUGCCCCAACUGUACCACUGUGAGACCUACCCCUGCCCCACCCGCACAGACUGCUUUGUGUCACGAGCCACCGAGAAGACUAUCUUUCUCAACUUCAUGUUCAGCAUUAGCACUCCCACGCCCAUAGCCCAGGAGAAGGCUGGGGGCCACCUGCUCACUCACGUCCCAGCCAUCUCCUUUGAGACCGACUCUACUGUGGAGUGCACCUCCAAGAGGACUCCGGAAGAGAGGGACCGGGUGAAGGUAGCACAGAGGGAGGAUGGUGAUCCUCAGAGGGAAGGAAAGGAAGUUGUUGAGGAAGAACCGGUGGCCACGCCCAAAGAGGAGGCCAAGAAGGGAAGGAAGAUGACGAAGGAACAGCUUGCCAAAUUGUGCAAGACAAUUGUAACCUUCAUCGCACAGACCACCCUGCAGAUCCUGCUGCCAGCCCUGGCCCGCGUACUUGGGGUAAAGGACUUUGCUGACGACGACACUGACUCACCCAAGAGGGGUGGCAGUGCAAGAUCCUUUGCUGCCUUUGAUCAGGAAAGACUGGAGCUCAUCCAGGAACCAUUCAUGAUGGGAAACAAGAAGGAUUCCAAGAAGAAUUUGCGCCAUUCUGAAUCCAAAGACCAGACUACUGCUGAAGAUAUCAUGUUGGCACAUCCUGGACUCCCAGAGGGUCUUCCCUCCACCUCUCAACAGGAGAAGCCUCGCAAACGUCCCCUUCUAAUCAGGAUGUUUUCCACCAUCUCCAUAGGCCUAUCCAAGCCAUUCAAACGCUUUUACCUUCGACAUCAACAAGCGACGCACGGGCUGGUCCUGCAGACUCCCACGCCCAUAGCCCAGGAGAAGGCUGGGGGCCACCUGCUCACUCACGUCCCAGCCAUCUCCUUUGAGACCGACUCUACUGUGGAGUGCACCUCCAAGAGGACUCCGGAAGAGAGGGACCGGGUGAAGGUUAAACUGGCCAACAUGGCCUUGAUGGGAAGGAUCAAAAAGUCUUGGCUGUGAAAUGCCCAUUAUGUGUGAUUAUCAAAUUUAUAAUUUUCCACUUUUGAAACAACAAUGGGAAAGACAGGGUUUAUAGCAAAGGUUGCUCAGAUUGGGCUUUUGGAAAAAUUGGGAGAAUGAAAGUGCACUCCUGAUUCAGAGAGAAAGAUCCAGCUUAAUCAUCCAUACCAUUGUUUAAAUUACAAUAAAAAAAACAUUCAAACUGUUCCUGAGUUUCGAAAGACAGAGAAAGGAAAACAUCCUUAUCUUCAGGCUGUUCACACCUGUUCACACAAGUCCUACUGUCCACAAUCUCAGGGUUCUUCAAUACAAACACACCUGUUUCAGAAAACCUGAUCACUUUCACAUUCGAACAAUGUUUGUAGGAUACUUUUCAAUAACUCAAUAAAUGUAAGUGUUGAAACCAUA